AUGUGGACCAUCAAUGAUUACCCUGCAUAUGCUAUGAUGUCUGGGUGGAGUACAAAAGGAUAUAAAGCGUGUCCAACUUGCAAUGAAGAAACUCCUUCCAAAAAAAUAAGGAGUAAGAUUGCUUAUAUUGGACAUAGGCGUUUUCUUCCCAUGGAUGAUGAAAUGAGAAAUAGCAAAAAAUUUGGUGGAAAAAUUGAACGAAGAGGGCCUCCAAGGAAGUUAACUACUGAAAAUAUUUUAGCACAGUUAGAACAUUUGCAAGAUAGACUUCCUGGUAAACAUAAAGAAUACGGAGGUGUUAAACGCAAGCGUUCACCAGACGAGCUUAACUGGGCAAAGAAGAGUAUCUUUUUCCAACUAGAGUACUGGCAACAUUUACCACUCAGACAUAAUUUAGAUGUAAUGCAUAUUGAGAAAAAUGUUUGUGAUAGUAUCCUUGGCACUUUAUUGAACAUAGAAGGCAAAACAAAAGACACAGAUAAGGCUAGACUUGAUCUUGAAGACAUGGGGAUUAGGAAGGAGUUGUAUCUUUACAAAGAUGGUCAGAAAUGGAAGAAACCACCAGCUUCAUAUGUUCUAAGUAAUGAAGAGAGACGUUUGUUUUGUCAAUUUAUUAAAUCAGUGAAGUUUCCAGAUGGGUUUACUGCCAACUUAUCAAAGAAUGUGAAUGAGGAUGAUAGUAAAAUAUCAGGGCUUAAGUCACAUGAUUGUCAUGUUUUGUUGCAACGUUUAUUGCCAGCAGGAAUCAGAUCAUUCUUGAAAAAAGAACUUCGAGAAACUAUCAUUGAGCUAUGUAACUUCUUCCAACAAAUAUGUGCUAAGAUUGUAAACAUAAAAGAUCUUGAGAAGAUGCAAGAUAACAUCGUCAUUAUUUUAUGCAAGCUUGAAAGAAUAUUCCCUCCGACGUUCUUUGAUAUCAUGGUUCAUUUAACUCUUCAUUUGCCUAAUGAGGCAAUAAUGGGUGGUCCGGUACAUUUUAGAUGGAUGCAUUCCAUUGAACGAGCCAUGAGUAUAUACAAACAAUAUGUUCGCAAUAGAGCACGUCCAAAAGGGUCAAUUGCAGAAGCCUAUAUAGUGAAUGAGGCUUUAACAUUUUGCUCAAUGUAUUUUCAAGAUAUCGAAACUCGUUUUAAUAGACCGGAAAGAAAUGAUGAAAGGACGGAAAUAUGCCCACCUCGAGAAAUUUCUGUUUUCAAGCAUGUUGGUCGACCAUUGGGCAAAAAAGAGGAUAAAGUUCUUGAAUCAUCACUACGAAGUAAGGCAGAAUGUGAACACAUGGAUGAAUUAUGUGCUAGAGGGGUGCAAGAUUUGGACCAGCAACAAGAAGUUGAGUUUCCAACAUGGUUUAGAAACAAACAACGAGAUGUAAGACUAACCACUCAGAAUAGUGGAAUUUUUGUUCCUGGAGAGAAUGAACAAAACUUCGAUGGUGUCCUUCAAGAGGUCAUAGAAUUGUGCUAUUUAAAGGAUUGCACAGUUCUGUUGUUCAAGUGCAAAUGGUUUAAAACUAACAUUGAUCCUAAAAAAAAAAGAAUUAAAGAAGACAAAAAAUUCACAAGUGUGUAUAUUGGGGAAGAAUGGUAUAAGAAUGAUCCAUUUAUACUGGCAUCUCAAGCAAAAUCAAUUUACUACUUAAAUGAUGACAAGAAUGGGCCAUUGUGGAAAUUGGUGCAGACUCACACUCCACAUAAUUUGUGGGAUUUUCCAAAUGUUGAAGAGGCAAAUGAAGUUGAAGCAUCUAUGGAUGUGCAUAUAGUACAAGAAGCUAAUUCACAACCAUUUCAAUUAGUUGUGGAAUUGCCACAAUUAGAGAAUAUGGUCUUUCAACAUGAUGAUGUUGAAGCAAUUGAGAUUAAUAAUAUUGAUCAUUUGCAGUGUGAAGAUCUUGUUAGAGGCAUAGAUGACUUUAUAGUUGAUGAUGAAGAUGUUGAAGAUGAUACCUUAGAAGAAUAUGAUGAAGAUUAUGAGAGUGAUGAUAGUAGUGAUAAUGAAAAUUGA